AAACAAAAUUCUCAAGCAACAAGCACAAGAAAUUCAAGAAUAGUUCUUACCUUUCAAAGGUAUGCUGGUUUUCUAAAUACAUUUACAGCCUACACAAUGAGUGAAUUAGAAGAAAUUGUGCCAUUUCUGUCGAAAACCGCACGCUUAGAUUUGAAGGCGGUGGCCCUUUCGGUUGUUCUAGGACUCACCGGUUCUGUAGAUGGCAUCAAGUUGCUUCUUCAACAAGAAGUAAUUCUCAGCAACGUACUUGAUCUGGCGGAUGACGAAUCGGAGCCUAUCGCCAAAGAUGCUGUCCUCUGUUUUGUAAACAUUAGCGCUGAAGAGAAAGGUGCUCAAGCAAUCGUAGAUAAGCUAUCGUCAAGGUUAGUGCCAACGGCUUUCCGGGCCAUACUGGACGAUAAUUCCAAGCUAGCCGAUCCGUGGUGUAUGGUACUGUGCAACAUAUCUCGUCCGGAAUCAUUGGUUGAAACGGUGGUAAAAGAGCUGAUGGCGAUUGAAUUUUCUAUAGAAAAACUCACAACAUGCUUCACACGAGUAAACUACAACAAGCACAAGGGACAUCUCAACUAUCUAGGACCACUGUUUAGCAAUAUUUCACAGUGUGCGGUUGGCCGAGAGGUGUUUUGUAACAAAACGACUGGAUUGUUGCGUCGAAUUUUCCCAUUUGUACACCAUGAGGCCAGUAUCGUACGACGUGGGGGUGCAGUUGGCCUGCUAAAGAACAUUUGUUUCGAUUCGACCGUCCACGAGUGGCUGCUGAGCGAGGAAAUGGAUGUCCUACCGUUCAUCUUGUUACCACUAGCCGGACCAGAGGAGUUUGAUGACGAGACAAAUGAUAAACUACCGAUGGAACUGCAGUACUUGGGGCCGGAUAAGAAGCGAGAGGAAGAUCCCGAUAUACGCAAGAUGCUGGUGGAAUCGUUGGCGCAGCUAUGUGCAACCCGUAAAGCCAGAGUGUAUCUGAGAGAACGAGGCACAUACGAGAUUUUGCGUGAGCUACACAAGUACGAGUGCAGUGACCUGGGCGAUAAAUCCGUUCUAGCCGCGGUCGAAAAUGUAGUCGAUAUUUUAAUUCGGACGGAAGAGGAAAUUGGCGAGGAUAAUCUGAAGGCACUUGAAAUUCCAGAUGAUGUAAAAAGUAAAAUUGAAACGCUCGACAACAAAGCUGAGCUCUAGAUCAAUAAAAUGUUACCC